AUGAUUGCAGACAAAGAGUGCUCUUUGAAAAAUGCUGAUGAUGAAGAUGGAGUGAAAAAGAAUGCAAAACCAAAAAAGAAAGCUAAGAGCACCCAGGAAUCAAAAGAUGAGAAGGGGCCAAAGGAUGAGGAGGAACUCCACAGAAAGAAGAGGCCUAUCAACAAGGCAGAGGAGAGGAUAAAGAAUAAAAGGACAGUGUUUGUGGGUAACCUGCCUGUCAGCUGCACCAAGAAGAUGUUGAAAGCUAUAUUCAAAGAGUAUGGAUCCAUUGAGUCUUUACGUUUUCGUUCAGUGACAAGAGAAGAUGCAGCUGUUCCAAGGAAAGCAGCAGCUAUACAGAAUGGCACAGAGAUAGAGAGUGGCUACUAUAUCAGAGUGGACCUUGCAUGCAAGUCUGCUGCACAUGACCACAAGAGGUCCAUUUUUGUGAGGAAUCUCACAUAUGACAUUAAAGAGGAAGAGUUGUGGGGGCAUUUUCAAGACUGUGGAGAGGUAGAGGGGGUGCGACUGGUGAGAGACCGGGACACUGGCAUGGGGAAAGGAUUUGGUUAUGUGCUCUUUGAGAGUACAGAUGCUGUCCAGCUUGCACUGAAGCUUGAUAACUCUGUGCUUAUGGGAAGAAAAAUAAGAGUGAAGCGCUCUGGGAAGAAAGAGAAGGAGAAGCCAAAGCCAGCACAGAAGAUGAAAGGACCGGCUAAAACCCUGCAGAAGGGAGCAGGACCACCAAACACAGGCAGAGGAAAUGCAGUAAACUCCUUCAGGGGAAAACCUGGACAGCCAUUCGGAGGAAACUGUUCAAACUCGUUCAAGGGAGAAAUGGCAAAGCCCGGGGAUGGGGCAAUGAAAAAAAAACAAAGGACUGAAAAAGAAGUUUAAGCAAAAAAAUGUCAAGAAAUUUGUAAAUAUCUGACAAACACAGAUAAAAUGAACAUGAUUUUGCUUGUGAUGUUUUGCAUUUGUAUGACAUAUAAAAGAUUAAACU